UUGACAUGGAGGGCUCAGGAUUCCCAGACUCGGACAGAAUCAGGGGUGGACGUGGCCUUCCAGGUCUGCCAGGGCCCCCCGGCCCCCCUGGGACUUCAGUGGCAAUGGGACCCAACGGCCCGGUAGCUUUCGGACCUCCAGGAUCGCCGGGACAGGACGGAGUUCCCGGAAUACCGGGACCGCCUGGCCAGCCAGGAAGACCGGGUCUACCGAGUCCCGGAGGAGAGAGGGGUGAAGGUGGGGAUCUUGGUCUUCCAGGAGUAGCUGGAGAAAAGCAAAACUCCCAAGACUCAGGCUUUUUCACGGGCCUGUAUUCUUACUUUGCUCCAUCCUCUACGGGGUCUCAGGGUGACCUGGGUCUGCCGGGUACUUCUGGGCAAUCGGGGCUGGCGGGGCUUCCAGGUCCCAUGGGGCCCGUCGGACCAUCCGGACCUCCAGGGCCACCGGGGCCUGGGUACCGAGGAAGUAAUAGUAACCAGGAUCAGUACGAUGUGAACAACGGCUAUGCUGGUCUCCCCGGCCCACCUGGACCUCAGGGUCCAUAUGGUAUUGCAGGACUUCCUGGUAAAUCCGGUUUGCCCGGUAACCAUGGAGACAAAGGAACCGAGGGGUCACGAGGACCUUCAGGGAUGCCAGGAAUGGACGGGUUCCCUGGACAGUCGGGCGAUAAGGGAGACCGAGGACAGAGAGGAGAGCAGGGUCUUCCAGGGCGUGACGGGGGGGGAGCGGGGCCUCCAGGGCCCCCUGGACCACCAGGAGAAAUCACCUACCAGAGAAGUGACUCUAAUGAA